AGUUGGAAGCUAGGACGUUGGCCUCACAGACUUGCCUUUUCUCGAAGACAACAAUCAUAUUGGCUCACUCACAUUACCUCUCUGUCAUGUGAGACUUGAGAGGUGCUUAGUUUGAACAGUGAUGCUUGUAAGAUUUUAGUAAUACUGCGACAUUAAAAAAGUUUGUUACAGAUGAUGAAAAUAGUGAAGAUAUACAAAUACUGCAAGCAUGUUUCGAAAAUAUUAUAAAAGUUAAAGAACGCAAAGUAUAAAAGUUCAUGCUACGACAUAUCCGAAGAAGCAUAGUGGUGGAUCCUUUGACAUUUCAGCUUUUUUUUUUGUUGUCGAUGCUGAGAAAUUGAGGGAGAUAGGUAUGAGGUUACCCAGUUUACUUGGGAGAGAAGCGUCUUGUCAUUGUUGAGAAUAGAAUAGAGAGAUGCUGAAGUGAUAUUCUACUAACAUUUUAUGGUAUUCAUAGUUCGUAAUUAGAUAAAAUAAUCAUGUAAUAAGAACCUUUUAACUUAUAUUUUCUGGCGUUUAUACAUGGUUCUCUUUUUUUUUUUUUUUUUUUCUGCGGUUUUACUAACAUGCGAGUCUUGCAGUUAUUAGAAGGUUUGUUCAGUCUCAUAGUGACCAGCUUGGUUGGGAUGGGAGUCAUUCGUGGAGUCAGACCAGAUCAGCAGUUGGUGUAAUGUCAACUAAAAUUUAGCCUUGGUCUUACAUAAACUUGUCUAUUUGGAAACUAAUAUCGACAGGGUACUAAAGAAGGUUGGUAUGAUGGAGGAAGAAUUGCAUUUCCAGUGAUUCUUGUCAUUGAAACUAACCCUUUUAUCCUGAUGGAAUGGCUGGACAAAUUCUAGGAAUGGCAACAGAAGCUAAAAGGAGAGCCUAUGAACUUUUAAAAAAGGUUACAAUACAAGAAGGAACGGCGCGUGAUUAGACAUCAUAGAGUUUCAGAUUGCUGCCGCUAGCGUGAUGGUAUAGAGACAAUAGCGGACCUAGGACUGUUUUUUACCCAGUGUGAAAUUUGGGGAGGUCUCUAUACAGUGAUGAACUAUAAUGGUUCGCUCACUAUUUCUGCCUACGGAGACACCAAUCAAAUCCCUUCUUCUGUCCAACAAGCUCUUUAUUCCACCGGCGUUACACUCAAUCACGUCCCGGCUGGAGUGAAAGAUGCGAGCGACAAGAAGAUAUUAGUAGAUAUGUUGUUAUGGGCAGUGGACAAUCCAGCUCCUGCGACUUUCAUGCUCAUUUCUGGUGAUAGAGACUAUUCUUACGCUCUUCACCAACUGCGAAUGAGAAGGUACAACAUCCUUCUGGCCCAGCCUGACAAAGCAUCAGUUCCACUAAUCUCUGCUGCAAAGACAAUAUGGCUAUGGACAAACAUAGCUUUUGGGGAUUGUCCUCGUGGCAAACAAGGUGAAUCCUCACGACCCAUUGAUAGUGGACGCCAACAUCAUCGUUCUGGCACUGAUGUAUUAAGCCAUCCGGUUCGUAAACAAACUCAGAACAUUAAGCAGUUUGACUCAGCUUUGGUCUCUAGAACUGGAAACAAGAGGGGCGGAAGCUUCUGUGAAUUAUGCAAUGUUGUUUGCUCGAGCCAUGAUUUAACCUUUCACAUCUCUGGUAAAAGGCACAGAUCUAAGCUCGUGCAAGUAGCCGGUGAACGCCCUCAUGUCACUGGUUUAACCGAAGCAAAGCAUGUAUGGUGCAGAGUUUGUCAGACGAGUUACAACAGUGAAGCUAGGUAUGAAAAUCACAUCUUAGGGACAAGGCACCAGAACAAACUUGAAGAUCAAGCCGGGAAUUCAAGAAAGCGCGUCUGCAGAAUCCGUUAAUGGUCCUCCUUUAAUAUUAGAGCGAAUGAAAAUGCAAUUAGAGUUUGUAAAAUUUUGCUAAACUGGUAGUGUUUUGAGUCUCACCUUUGUUUAUUUGGAUCGGGAUGCUGGAAAAAAAAAGCUGAGCCAAGUUGAUAACUUUUGGUUAAUUUGGGAGAAGCUUUAUUAUUACUUUGGUAAAACUAACUUUUGGAUUUGAGACUCA